AUGGCACUUUCCAAACUCCACCCGUCUUCUCGGGUCCACUCCGCCUGGAUCGUUGUAUUGACCAUUCUUAUGCUCGGCGUUCAGGAAGCCCUCUCUCUCGACAUCAGAUACUGCUCCAGUCAGAAUACAGGCUCAAGCUUCAACUCAGUUUCCAACAUCUAUCAAUCUAAUGGAGCCUGUUCAGAUACCUGCAAGUCAAAUUACGCGUUUGCCAUCCUUCAAGGUUCCUCCUGUUGGUGCUCAAACUACGUUCCGUCGUCUACCACUUCGACUGGAUCGUGCAAUCAAAAUUGUCCUGGAUACCCUGAUGAUAAAUGCGGUAAUGAGUCUGAAGGGCUUUACGGCUACAUUGCGCUUGGGAACAGUCCCUCUGGUACUGCAGCGGCUUCUUCUAGCUCCCAGUCAAGUGGUCAAAAGCCGAGCACCAGCUCAACUAGUACCUCUCAGGCGGUUAGUAGUCAAACACACCCUGUCAACCCCUCGACACCAACCCACCUCACCCCAUCUCUUCAGUCAAGUGUUCUUGUUAUUCUUGUUCAGCCAUCUUCAGUCUCAGUAUCACUGAGUACAACCCGUUUGACACCCUUCUCAAUCCAGACUACUCCAAGUGCGAAGCCUUCGACAGUGCGGGAAACCGUCACUGCCUCACAAUCACCCUCGGUUAUCAUAUCCGUCAUAACUAAUACUCCUUCCACAACCUCCACUUCAUCUCAAUCGACGAGCACUUCCACUUCAGCCGACUCCACAUCUACCUCUUCGUCGUCGACCUCUUCGACGCCAAGUCCUACGUCCAGUCCUCAACCGGCUGAAGAAUCUCCUACAACAUGGACUCCUACCCCGGUUACUACUGUCAUGACCAUAACUGGACAGGUUCGGACUGUAACUAUGACUCCCACCGUGGCCCCGAGCUCGGUUUUGCCAGUCAGUAAGCACAGCGACGGCGGAUUCUUUUCCCAUGCAGGAAAAGUUGCGGGUCUCUUCGUCGGUAUUGCGCUCAUCAUCCUCCUCGUGGCUGGCAUGAUUUUCUUCUGUUGCUGGAGGCGCCGCCAGCAUCUGAGGGAUGUCGCAGCCGAGUCUACCUCGAGCGAGGAGGGGCCAUCACGUCGGCCAAGCCGAACCAUGAGUGAGAAUGGGCUCCUGAGCGGAUUCAUGGGCGAAAAAGUCCCUUCCACAUCGAGCCACCGGGCAGGAUCCUCUGAAAACGAUCCUGAACCUGGUCGCUCUGGUCGACUUCCUCGUGUUGUUGACCAGCGCCUGGAUCCUACCAGCCUCUACAGCCCCGUGCACGAUAAUUCCAGCCGCGCCAGUGUCAGGAGUCUCCGCGACGACCAAGAUUAUUCUAGGCGUGUUCUCCGGCUCACUAAUCCUGAUGAAUCCGCGGAUUAA